CGAACGUGAAUCGCUAAAAAAGGAACAAAACGUGAUUGUUUGCUCGAUUGUGCGAAGAAACGUGUUAAAAAUCGUGUUGUACCAUAAAUAAAUACAUAAAAUGUGCUACUCAUCAAAAGACUUAAUGAUAAUCAUUAAACAAUAAGCAUUCACAUUAAUAACAUGUCAAAGAUGCAAGAAACCAGCAAUCAAUCAAUCAUGAUGAUUGCAAGAGAUAACUACGCGCGUGACAUUAAAACUCUAAAACAAUAAAAAUGUGUUAAAAUGUUAUAAAAUUAUUAGUUAGUAACAAAUAAAAGGCUACCGAGAUGAGAGCAUCAAACAACAUGAUAAUUGUACGAGUGUGCACAAGUUCAUCAUGAUUGUUUGAAUGCAAUUACAACCCAUGGAUUCAUGAAUUGCUUCAUCACUGUUUAACAUAAUGAAGGUGUCGAAUCACACGCUGUUGCUGUUUGCCGGUUGCUUGCUGUUGGCUGUGCUGACGGAGCGCGUCGCUCACGCUGCCCCCGAUCAAUACGAUGCGCGUCACGGCACGCCACCGCCGCCAACGCCGCCGUCAUCCCCGCGCCGCGAAGCAACAGAUCAUUCGCGCUCGCACUCAAACGUGCCCGAAUUAAAUGCAAAUCCCGAUCGCAAUCAUGAUAACGACCGAGUUAAGCUAUUACUGAUUGCCGAUACGGCAUCAAAGGAUCACGAUCACCAUCAGCACCACCAGACCAAUGAACUUGGCGAGAUGCAAGUUGGUUGUGGUCAUGGACUCUUUGAGAUUGUCCCAGCGCCCAAACACAAGAAAAAAAUGAUUAGAAAGAGGUCAAUUGAAAAGAUGAAGGAACGGAAGAGAAGGAACUACCAUAGCACGUUCACCGUCUGGCAACCCCCGGUGUAUCAACUGACUAGGCCGUAUGUCAUCCCUGUGUGGGGUGCACAAGGUCAACAGCAUCCGAUUUAUUUCCCACCGCAGCCGAUACAACCGGAUUUAUUAGGUGAUCCCAGGAAAAGUUAUCUCCCUCCAAAGGGUUAUCUACCACCAACGAGGUCAACCACGAUUGGGUUCGAUGAUGAUGACUAUGAAGAUGUCUCCAGUGCACAUGGCAAUGAUGGGAAUAUUAACUUGGAUAAUCGCAAUAAUUUUGAUGAUGCCCCAAUUUGGGACAUUGAACCACCAAUUCGCACAACACCAGCACCACCCAAACGUACCAGACGUCCAGGGGUCCGAACAACCACAUUCCCACCAUUAGUUCAUCGUAGUGAGAACAACACUAGACCUAACCUCAAUGCAGGUACAGGCGUUGGUAACUCUUUGAGGCCUGUGCAGAAUCGUCCCAACUUGGUUGAAGUGCCCAAUUUCCGACCAUCUCAAGGAGGUACUCAAUUCGGAGGCAUUCCAAGACCUACUCCAGCGCCAACUCAACCGUCGAGAGCACAACCAAGUAGAUGCGUUUGGGCAAUCAUCUCGUGCUGUCAGGGCAACAACCAGAACAUCAGCUACAGUUGCUUUGAGCAGUUGGGGUGCACCGGGGCGUUUUGGGAUAAGAGUCCGUGCGAUAGUGACUUCGCCAAGGCGGCUGUAGACAUCGCUCUGCAGUACUACUCACAGAAAUAAUCAAGAAAUUCUUUACGUUUUAUUGUAGUUUUUGAUUAUUUGCUAUCACCACGAAGAGAGUUAGUAACGAAACAAAAAUCCGUGACAAUAUGACUUCAUUACUGUGAUAUUUGUUUAAUAUGUAAUUAUUGUGUAACAUAUCUCUUCGUAUUGUUUGUUUAAUUUAUUGUUUAUUGUGUGUGACACAGUUCCAGUGAGCUGAUGAGUAUUUUUCCGUUUAAUAAAUAUUUUUAACUUUUA